AAGUGUAAUUUUAUUUUUAUUUUUGAUACAUAGCGUUAUGUUCCUAAGUGCAAUGUUCUGGAAUUGUUAGACUUUGUUGAUGUUACAAAUUCUUGAAGUAUCCCAUAGUUGAAGACCAUUGUGGCAAGUAUUGAUUUAGAUUUAGGUACGACGCACAUAUUAAAAGUACUAAAGUACCUACCUAUAUAUCAUUGUAUAUAAUAUAGAAGUUCCACAGGUAUAUAUAAAUAUAUAUAUAUUGGUUCACUCUCCACUGCACCGUAGUUAUGGAACAGUGGAAAGGCAAAGUAGCGAUAGUAACUGGUGCCAGUGCAGGAAUCGGCGAGGCAAUUGUUGUCAAGUUGGUGAAAUACGGGGUUCAUGUUGUAGCGCUCGCUAGAAGAGAAGUUAAACUUAAGGAAUUAGCAGAAUCACUAAAUGGAAAAGAAAUUAAUUAUGGUACUGUACAUACAAAAGUUUGCGACGUGACAAAUGAACAAGCCGUGAAAAAUGUAUUUUCUUGGGUCGAUUCUACAUUAGGAGGUGUUAGUAUUUUAAUCAAUAAUGCUGGAACCGCAAAAAUAUCAAGUCUUCUAAACGGAAGAUUGGAAGAUUGGCAAGAGAUGAUGAAUCUAAAUGUGUUGGCAUUAAAUGUGUGCUCAAGGGAAGCUUAUCAAUCAAUGACAAGAAAUAAAAUCGAUGGUCAUAUUAUUCAAGUUAACAGUACGACUGGUCAUAAUAUAACACCAUACUUUUCAAUGAAAAUGUAUAAUGCAACAAAACACGCGGUUAGCGUCUUAUGCGAGGGCCUUCGUCACGAACUGCAGUUAGUAGGCUCAAAAAUCAAAGUGUCGAGCUUAAGUCCGGGAGCGGUUUCAACAGAACUUUUAUUGCAUAUUCGUGAACGUAGUAAAGAACCAAAUUCAACAGCUCAAGUAAAUAACAUAAACAUACUUCAAACCGAAGAUGUUGCUAACGCAGUUAUCGCCACUUUAGCCACUUCACCAACUGUACUAAUAGCUGAAAUGACAAUCUUGAGUAAAGGAUCAACAAUACAACCACAUUUUCAACCAUCGUCUACAGUUGUGGACAAUUUAUUAAAUUCAUAAAACCAUGUAUUUUCUAUUAUACGCGCAACUAAAUUUUGGUUUUUCGUAUU